AUGCUUGGCCUCACGAUAGCAGCCGUACAAGCUGCAAACGGAUGCCACUUCGCCGUACUCAGCGACGAGGAAAAGUCCGGUGCAAUAUUUUACACCCUUGCGGGCUUCCCUCCCGGUAUAUUUUCGUUCAGAAUCCCCAAACUGGCCGUCGCCGCUCUCGUGACGAGACUCAACAACCCUAGCCGGAAACAUAGGAUAUUCUUGUGGGCUAUGACCAGUGGUUGCUUGUUAAUUCUGCUUGGCUGUGUCAUCAUCUUCUUCGCACAGUACACGCCUUCUCGGUCACAGUGGGACUUCUCCGUCCAGGGUACUUGCUGGAGCCCAUGGAUCUUGAUCUACUACGCUGUCAUAGCCGGAAGCAAGUUCACAGCCACCAUCUCCGCCAUCGUGGACCUCUACCUCGCAAUGUACCCCACCGUUGUUCUGUAUGGACUACAAAUCAACCUCAAGAAGAAGAUAGCCUUGAAUGCUGCGCUUGGACUGGGUUCUAUUGCGGCAGCCGUAGCUGUGUACAAAUCGACUCGACUUCCAGUGCUUGUGAGCCCUGACUUCGAAUACGAUACGGCCGACAUCACUGUCUGGACCAGUAUCGAGGGAAACUCUAUCAUCAUCGACGCCUGCAUACCGACUUUGCAGCUAUUGUUCGACCGCAUCUUUGGCCGGGGAGAAUUUGGUAGCUCACGCGGUGAGCAAGGUCCAAGUGGAUAUAUAUCGCGUAGUCGAUCAGGUGUGAAGCUCGCUGCAAUCGGGAACAAGACUCUUCGAUUAGCCAAGCAGCACGGGAAGUCGGGCGUAUCUGAAACAACCCUGGGCCACGAUAGCCAGGACAGUAUCUUGAGCCUAGGCCUUCGGAAUGGUAGCGAGGAAAGUAAAGUGGAGCCAAACUCAGGCAUUACGCGAACGCAACACUUGACGGUCGAGUGUGAGGAUGUUACCGAGCAGACAAGGCCGAGUUACAGUCCUUGCGACACACGAAGACAGAAGUAA